UUGAUACGUAUAAUAUACGAAGAAGAGUUGUUGGACUUGGACGCUCCCCACUUCUCUCUCCUACGCACCUUCCUUCCCACUCCAAUUAUUUAUGUCUCUCUCUUACGCCCGAUGCUUCUCACUCAGUCACUCUCCUCUCCUCUCCUCCAUGGCCACCAAUCACACUUUACCUGACCACCACGACUCACGUGUUUCACGCAUGCACUACUACUACUCCUCCGACGACAACGACAGCGACCUCGACCUCGACCUCGACGACUACAACAACAAUGUGAGCGGCAGCGCCUUCGAGGAGGAGCCGAAGAAGGCGGAGAGCGGCGGCCUGCGGCGAAAGGUGGCGGCGGCGGUGGCGGUGGAACCGAGAGGGAAGUGGGUCCAAGAAUGGAACAGGGUGUUCCUGCUGGUGUGCGCGACGGGGUUGUUCGUGGACCCGCUCUUCUUCUACGCGCUCUCCAUAAGUGACACGUGUAUGUGCCUCUUCGUCGACGCCUGGCUCCUCAUCACCGUCACCGUCCUCCGCUGCAUGACCGACGCUUUGCAUUUCUGGAACAUCUGGCUCCACUUCAACAUCGCUAGACGCUCUUUUUUUCUCUCCGCAGACACCACCACGCCACGUUACUUUGCUCUUCACUACCUCACCGCUAAAAGGACCUUCUUCUUUGACCUCUUUGUUAUCCUCCCUAUUCCCCAGAUUGUGUUAUGGGUGGCAAUUCCCUCUCUGUUGGAGAAAGGAUCAAUUACGUUGGUGAUGACAGUGUUCAUAAUUAUGUUUCUCUUUCAAUACCUUCCCAAAAUUUAUCACUCCGUUUGCCUCUUGCGUCGCAUGCAAAACCUCUCUGGCUACGUUUUUGGAACCGUUUGGUGGGGUAUCGCCCUCAACCUCAUCGCCUAUUUUGUAGCUUCCCAUGCAGCAGGUGCAUGUUGGUACUUGCUGGGGUUGCAAAGGGCAGCAAAAUGCCUAGAAGAGCAGUGUGCUAAAGCAAGUGGUUGUGGCUUGAGAACACUGUGUUGUAAAGAGCCUAUAUACUAUGGAGGCACCAACUUUGUAACAGACAAAACCAGGUUGGCAUGGGCGAAUAACAGGGAAGCAAGGUCUACUUGUUUAGAUGGUCCUGAUAACUACGACUAUGGUGCAUAUCAAUGGACUGUUCAACUCGUCACAAAUGAUAGCCGAUUGGAAAAAAUACUUUUCCCUAUCUUCUGGGGCCUCAUGACUCUCAGCACUUUUGGGAACCUAGAGAGCACAACGGAGCGGCUAGAAGUGAUUUUCAACAUUAUUGUGUUGACUAGUGGCCUCCUUCUAGUCACUAUGCUGAUUGGAAACAUCAAGGUGUUUUUGCAUGCUACGACAUCAAAGAAGCAAGCAAUGCAAUUGAAGAUGAGGAACAUCGAAUGGUGGAUGAGCAAAAGGCGAUUGCCGCAAGGGUUCCGGCAGCGCGUGAGAAACUAUGAGCGCCAGCGUUGGGCUGCCAUGCGUGGGGUUGAUGAAUGCCAGAUGAUCAAAAAUCUCCCCGAAGGACUAAGAAGGGACAUCAAGUACCAUCUUUGUUUGGAUUUGGUCAGACAGGUGCCACUGUUUCAGCAUAUGGAUGAUUUGGUGCUAGAGAACAUUUGCGACCGUGUGAAGUCACUUGUAUUCACAAAAGGAGAAACAAUAACAAGAGAAGGAGACCCGGUUCAAAGAAUGUUAUUUGUAGUAAGGGGUCACCUUCAGAGUAGCCAAGUCCUAAGAGACGGUGUGAAAAGUUGCUGCAUGCUAGGGCCAGGGAACUUCAGUGGGGACGAGUUACUAUCAUGGUGUCUAAGAAGGCCCUUUAUAGAACGGCUUCCACCAUCUUCAAGCACAUUGGUGACGCUUGAAACGACGGAGGCAUUUGGGCUUGAGGCCCAAGACGUGAAGUAUGUGACACAACAUUUUAGGUACACAUUUGUGAAGGAAAAGGUGAAGAGAAGUGCGAGGUAUUACUCACCAGGGUGGAGAACUUGGGCUGCUGUGGCCAUUCAAUUGGCUUGGAGGAGGUAUAGGCACCGUUUGACUUUGACUUCUUUGUCCUUUAUAAGGCCACGUAGGCCUGCUUCAAGGUGCACUUCCAUGGAAGAGGAUAGGCUUCGUCUCUACACUGCUUUGUUAACCUCACCCAAGCCUAAUCAGGAUGACUUUGACUGCUGAUCAUAUCAUUAAUUAAAUUAACCAAUCCAUGUAUGUGGAUUUUGCUUAACCUAAUGUAUGCAGUUCUGUGGAGUCAGUUUCCACAUGUUUUAUCUCCUACACUCAUUUAUGUUACACUAGUACCAGGAAAAUUUAAGGGUAUUAACCAACUUCCAAUAAUACUGAAUUUAGUCUUGUAAGUACAAGUUCUAGUGUUGUGUAUGAAAAAAAAAAAAAAA